AUGCAAAUCAGCUGCUGGCAACAAGCACUGGACUACAAUCUCAUGGAAGAACAAGCGGACGCUGCCGAAUCGUUCGAAAUACAACGUCCCGAAGUGCUUCCGGAUCGUAGAGAAGAAGAUCGAGACGCGACGGCCGACUUCGCUGCCACCGCUGCCACUGCUGGUGCAGAGAUGAGCGAGACCAAACUGUUGAUUGGCAGCGAUAUGGUCGCGUCCAAAGACAUGCUCAACCCUUUCGUACAUCAUCUGGAGCUGACUUCCACCUACGACAAGUUUAAGACUGCGUUUUUCACUAUAGUCGUUCUACCCGUACGGAUAGUUGCCAUUUUGGUUUUGCUGUCUAUAGCUUGGCUCUUGGCGACCAUUGGUUUGACCGGUGUUAGUCAAACCGAAUUAUCAGAGAGACCACUUACCGGAUGGAGACGUUAUAUCCGUCGUUGGAUUUGUUUUGUGGGCCGUUCCGCUUACUUAGCAGGUGGCAUGAACAUGGUUAUUAAGGGGGUGAAAGCUUCCUGUCGGGAGGCCCCCUUACUGGUCAUCGCUCCUCAUUCCACGUUCCUUGACUCUUGUAUAAGUUACGUGACUGGUUUCCCUUCUAUCAUUGCGAGGAUCGAGGAUGGACUUAGCCCUUGGGUCGGAAGAGUAAUAAACUUCACGCAGCCCGUGUACGUACGGAGAGACGACCCAGAAUCGAGACACAACACAAUACAGGAGAUAAUUCGCCGUGUAAAAUCCGACCAAGACUGGCCUCAGAUCCUAAUAUUCCCGGAAGGCACAUGUACGAACCGAUCGUGUUUGAUAACGUUCAAGCCGGGCGCCUUCUAUCCAGCGGUGCCCGUUCAACCGGUACUGUUGCGGUACCCGAACAAACUGGACACCGUCACCUGGACGUGGGACGGUCCUGGAGCAUUGAAACUCUUGUGGUUGACUAUGACGCAACCGACUACGACGGUGGAAGUGGAAUUCCUGCCGGUGUACGUGCCCAGCGAAUACGAAAAACAGAACCCAAAAGCCUUCGCCGAAGGCGUUCGUAACGUGAUGGCCAAGGCAUUGGCUGUUCCAACGGCAGACUACACGUACGACGACUGUAGAGUGGCCGUGAAAGCUGGUCAACUGGGUCUGCCGAUGACCUCGAAUCUGAUCACCGUCGAAAGACUUAGAAGUCGUCUAGGAUUGACGCGAAUUAAGAUCGAGGACUCGGCUCUGGUCAAGAACAUGCUGUCGUUUCAGAAUCGAGAGUCUCAACCGGUAGAUCUGGCAGAAUUCGCAAACAGUUUGAACGUCACCGCCGAGGACGGUUCACUGGUCAGCCUCUUCAAAAUGCAUCUAGAGAAUGAAGACUUGUCGACCAUAGAUUUUAAAAAGUACUUGUUGGCUGAAUACAUUUUGCAGAAAGCUACCUCUAAAGACGAUCUUAUCGUGUUGGCUUUUAAGUUGUACGGUGAAUAUUUUGAUAAAGAAAUGUUCGAGUACGUAAUGAACCUCGUCUAUAAUCUUCCGAAAUCCGAAGCUUCCGUCAUUUACAACGAAAUGACCGACAAACCAAAUGAAAUAAGAUUGGCGGACUAUCUACAAUACGGGAAAAAGUAUCCUGAAAAAAUGGAGUCCUUGCAAAACCACAGUAAGAAUUCGGCACCCAGAACCGUAACCGACUUUUCCAGUUGCGGUCAAUCGUUCCACGUCCCUACGGACGACAACAAGAAGUAUCAAUGA